GACUACGAGUACGCUUGUUGGUCGUAAUAAACGUGGCCACGGCACAGUAUUCUUCUACAAACAAUUACUCCACGCAUUGUAAUACGAAUAUUUGCCGAUAAAACCAAUUGAAAUCGUUAUCACCAACCUGUGCACGCAAAGCAUUGGACUUACAUGCAGAUAUCGCGCUGUAUAUAAACGACUCGUUAAAGCAAACAAUGCCAACUAUCUCGGGUGCAACAAAUCCGUCGCUUUCUGCCACCAACCCAGGCUCUCCCACCAUGAAUCCCUAUAAUCCCAGUCCGUACAAUCCCGCUGCAGUCGGAGGAUUAGCGCCGUCGUAUCCACCAGGACAAGGCAGUGCUUAUGCUGCAGCAGGUGUUCACGGUCACGGGUACGGUACUGCGCCGCCGCCAGCUGGUUACGGAGCUGGCUAUCCUCCGCAAGCUGGAUUCGGCGCACCCCCUCAGAAUCCCAGUCAACCACCUCCAGGCAUUCCCCAUGAUCUUUGGCAAUGGUUCCAGGCGGUCGACACUGACAGGAGUGGCAGAAUUAACGCGACAGAACUGAAGGCCGCACUGCUGAACGGCAACUACAGCACCUUCAACGAUGGCACAUGCCGGUUAAUGAUUAAACUAUUUGACCGCGAUAACAGUGGCACAAUCGAUAUUCAUGAAUUUGCUGCUUUAUGGAAAUAUAUUGGCGACUGGAGAGCAUGUUUCGAUCGGUUUGACCAAGAUCGUUCGGGAAACAUUAACACGUCUGAACUUAAUCAAGCCCUCACCAGUUUUGGUUACCGUUUGUCGCCGCAAUUCUGCCACACACUGGUUAGAGUUUAUGCCAGCCGGCGUCCCGGAACCACACAGGGUGACAACAUCAAUUUCGAUGACUUUAUCGAAGCAUGUGUGACAAUUAAAAACCUUACGGACACAUUCCGCCGCUAUGACCAACAUCAGCAAGGAAUGAUUACCGUCGGUUUUGAGCAGUUCCUUGACAUGGUGGUGAGAGGCGCUGUAUUUUGAAGUUCAAAAUUUGGCUUAGCCAUGGGUUUUCGGCUAUUUGCUAUCCCUUUUCCAUAAAUGAUGUGACGCGAUGACGUGGCGGUGUCGGUGAACAAUGUCAACCACAUUGCGAACGAAGAGGAAAAGAGAAAUUUCGCUUUUUAUGUUGCACGUCGUUUUGUUGUUUACAGACUGCAACUGUCUUUGAUAGUUAUAAUUAGUUGGAGACGAGGACUUCCAGUUCCAUGAUUUUUAUUCAAUUUUCACAUAACAAUGGCAUAUUUGGUAUAAAAUCAGAAAAGUAAA